GGUGUGUACCGCCCUCGUCCCAGCUGACGGUUCAGGUUAGGUUUCGCCGUGUGCUGGGAAGGAGGAGCGCCCACGUGUGUCAGGCCGGAGCGGAUCCCAUGGGCGCCUCAUUCCUCUGCUAGUCUGUACUAAAGUGCCGCCCUGUGUCCCGGUGCUCAGAAAGUGAUGGAAGGAGCCGGUGACGGAGGCGGCUCUGGAUCAGCCAGUCCAGAGCCGGAAGAAGGAGGCGCCGCAGCAGCCGCAGUGGACUUUCAUGAGGAUGAAGAGAUCAUUGAGGUUCUGGAGCUAAAUGAAGCAGAACCAGACCCAGAUGACCUGGCCAGUGACAUGGAGGACGUGGAUUUUGCAGAUGAACCAGAAGAUGGAGAAAUGGCAGUCGAGGAAUGGGAGACGGAAGACGAGGGGGUGGAGGAAGGAGCCGAACCCCAUGACGACAGCGAGCUGACUUACUCCAAUCACACGGCUUCUGUGUUCUGCGUCGGCCUGGACCCCAAGGAGAGCGCUCUCGCUGUGACCGGAGGAGAAGACGAUAAGGCCUGUGUAUGGAGAAUAAGUGAUGGCGAGACGCUGUUUGAGUGCACGGGUCACAAGGACUCGGUCACCUGCGCGGCAUUCAGUCAUGACUCUACCAUGGUGGCUACGGGAGACAUGAGCGGUCUCAUCAAGGUGUGGAAGGUGGAGGACACAAAGGAGAUCUGGUCAUUUGAAGUGACUGACCUUGAAUGGUUGGAGUGGCAUCCUUGUGCCCACGUGUUACUUUGUGGUACAGCAGAUGGCAAUACUUGGAUGUGGAAAAUUCCCAGCGGAGAGUGUAAAACGUUUCAAGGUCCCAACUGCCCGGCUACCUGUGGACAGUUCUUACCAGAUGGCAAGACCGCAGUAGUUGGCUAUGAAGAUGGAAGCGUGCGGAUAUGGGACCUUAAGCAGGGGAGCACUGUGCAUGUCUUGAAAGGUUCUGAUGCUCAUACAGGACCCUUAACAUGUGUGUCCUCCAAUGCUGACGGCAGCCUGAUCCUCACCGGUUCUGUAGACUGCGACACCAAAAUGGUGAACACGGCCACCGGGAAGGUUGUCGGUGUCUUCCGGACAGAGAGUAAUGUUUCCAAAGCCUCUAAGCGAGAAGAAGGUGAAACGGAAACCAAUUCGGUAGAGUCCGUGGGAUUCUGCAGCGCUCUCCCUCUGGCUGCGGUCGGUUACCUGGAUGGAACUCUUGCCGUUUACGACAUUUCUACACAGACUCUACGUCACCGGUGUCAACAUGAAUCCGGCAUCGUACAGCUCCUUUGGGAGGACAACUCGCCUGUGGUCUACACUUGCAGCUUGGACGGGGCCGUCAGACUGUGGGACUCUCGAUCGGGAAAAAUGAUCAGCGAAUACUGCGGCCACACCGCCGAGAUUCUGGACUUUGCACUUAACAAAGACGCUUCCAUCGUGGUAACUGCCUCUGGGGAUCACAAGGCGAAAGUAUUCUGCGUGCAGAGGCCCGACCGUUAGACGCCCGCGCCCUGUAACGCUCACCCCCAUUCUGUUCUGUGUGGAUGCGUUUUACUUGCUACUGACAAUUCCUUCUGUAUAUAGGUGGAUAUAAACUCAAACGAGGGGUCACCUGUAUCCAUCCUUCACACUGUCUUCGAGAGGAGAUAUAUAUAUUAUUU